UCCAUACGUUACUGGAGUACCGUACAUUUUGACCUUUUGAACCCUUCUGUACACCAUACAAUUGAUGCGAACGCACGCGUUAGUGAAUUCAUUUCUAGUUCAGUACUGUCGGCGCUUUGUUCACAAUGGAUUUAACCUGGAUUUUUACUUCGCUUCUGUGCGUUCUGACGGUGGACUGGUCUCAGGCCGCAUGCGACCAGAGCACUUUGACGAGUGAAGCGACGCAGAACUGUGUAAUGGGUUUCGCCAGCUAUAUCAGCCAGGCAUCGAGUUCCAUGUCGGAUCCCAGUCAGAUGGCCACCGUCUUCUGUUCGGCGGAGGGACAGAGCGCAAUCGCGUGCAUGUUUCCCCUAAUGGAGCAGUGUCCGGAACUCAUGGCGAACAUGGGAGAUGGGGCGAUGGUGAUGCCCUCUCAAGCGGAACUUCAAAUGGCCUGUUCUCAGAUUGAUCCUUCAGGCCCUUGCAUGACAGCGAUGACGUGCCUAUCCAGCGCUUCUCAGGCGACCAGCACGGUUAUUGACGAAGUUUUUAGACCAGCUAACAACCUGACCUACCUCCCCCCUCUUAUGGGAAUGUCCUGCAGUCAGAUGAAGGAGCAGUUCAACUGUAUAACACCUGAAGUGGAGGAACAGUGUGAAGCUAUCCCUAACCAGAUCAAGCAAAUGAUCACCUUAAUCAACGGCGAAUUGCCUGAUGGUAUCGUCUAUCCCGAGUACGACGUAUUGAAAACGUUCAUCAGCACCGGAUGCACAGAAGUCCCUGAAGACAUGGCUACCAACAAGUGCGUACAUGACAAGUUUGAGUCGGCUGCAUUUACGGAGUGUAUGUCAAAAGUGAAAACCGACUUCAAAACUCCAAUGGAAAUGAAGGGCUGCGGAGCCACGGAUGCCCGGCUCAUGUGCCUCAAAGAAUCUGUUGAGACAUGUGGCAAGAGGUAUUACACCGCCCUGGCCACCAAAGGAGACCACUUUCUCACGAUGAAUCUCUUCACGUGUGACCGUUCCACGAGCGCCGCCCCGGUCGCCCGACUGUCUGCCGCUGCUUGGCUUGUAGCUGUAGUUGCUGCCCUUCUAUUGUAGACUCAUUGGUUCAUUUUGAUCUUUGAAUGAAAAAUUGUUUCCGUUCUAAUACAGCUUUGAAAUCUAGCUAAAGCACCAUGGUCUAUAACAUUUAGGGCGAUAUGGUCUGAAAUGGAUGGUACAGAUUUGCAUUUAGGUCGUUUUGCCUACUUGAGUCUAUGGAUAUGACUCUUAUAUGACUCGUAUACUCUUUCGGACACUUGUUCAGGAUGGGACAAUUAUAGUUUGAAGCUACAUUCAUUUUGUAUGGAGUCUACAAUACGAUAUUUAUAUUUCAUAAACAUUGACGUGAUUUCAACAUGUAUACCGGAGGUGAUGAAACCCUAAUGUUCUGUAACAAUCUGCGAAAUGGAAGCAUAACCAUUAUAAGUGGCAUUACCUUGAUGUCACAGUUAAAAAGUUCAUAUUAUUUUUUUAAAUAUCUACUUGACUCUAUUGCACAUAAAGUGCUUAUCACGAGAUUAUCAUUGUUUUUAGAUUAUUUUUUAUUUUUUCACAGGAACAUCUAAAGCUAUAUGUUGUUUAUGGAGAUUUGGUAUUCACGGUUUUAUAAAGAGCUUGUCAAAAUAUAAGCCUUAGUAUUGUAGUGUUGUUUCUUGAAAAAAGAAAUGUUUUGUAAAGAAA